AUGCUGCUCUCUGUGCCGCCCAGGACCGGAGGAGUGAACGCGCACAACGGCUACCCGGGCAAAAGCAUCAAGAAGCAGACGUAUGUUUCUCCCGCCAGUCAUCAGAUGGCUCCUCCAAGCCCGAACAGCAACAGCGGCAACAGUGGCACCAUCAGCCAUGGAAGCAACAGCAGCAAUAACGGUGGCGAGCAGCUGAGCAAAACCAACCUGUACAUUCGUGGCCUCCAUCCCGGAACCACAGACCAUGAUCUGGUCAAACUCUGUCAGCCCUAUGGGAAAAUUGUAUCCACGAAGGCGAUAUUGGACAAGACGACCAACAAGUGCAAAGGCUACGGCUUUGUUGACUUUGACAGUCCAGCCUCGGCUCAGAAGGCAGUGACAGCGCUCAAAGGGGUGGGCGUGCAGGCUCAGAUGGCCAAGCAACAAGAGCAGGACCCCACCAAUUUGUACAUUUCCAAUCUGCCGCUCUCCAUGGACGAGCUGGAGUUAGAGAACAUGCUUAAACCCUUCAGCCAGGCCAUUUCCACACGCAUCCUCCGGGACGUCAAUGGAAUCAGCCGAGGAGUGGGUUUUGCCAGGAUGGAGUCUACAGAGAAAUGUGAGGCCAUCAUUCAGCAUUUCAAUGGAAAAUAUAUCAAGACUCCACCCGGAGUCACAGUUCCACCAGAGCCUUUAUUAUGUAAAUUUGCUGAUGGAGGCCAGAAGAAGCGUCAGAGUCAAGGAAAAUAUCUGCAAAACGGACGAAGCUGGACCAGAGAUGGGGAGACUGGUGGAAUGACUCUUACAUAUGACCCCAGCACAGCCUUACAGAACGGGUUCUACUCAUCUCCUUAUAGCAUCACUCCCAGCAGGAUGAUUGGACCGACUUCCCUUUCCCCUUACAUGCAUUCACCUUUAUCUACCUACCAGGUACACACAAGCGCGGAUGAAAAGUUGCCCCUAUUUAAAAAGUCAACUUAGUUUUUGAGUGUGCUUCUUUGCCAGGUACAUAAUCCUUCGUGGAUCCAUCACCAGUCCUACAUUAUGCCGCCCACGGGAGCCGUCCUGACACCAGGGAUGGACCACACCAUGUCCAUCCAACCCACGUCCAUGAUGGGGCCCUUAGCGCAGCAGCUCAGCCACCUCUCAUUGGGUAGCAGCGGCACGUACAUGCCUGCAAACGCAUCUAUGCAGGGGACGUACGUCCCCCAGUACACCCAAGUGCCUCCCACCAAUAUCUCUGUUGAGGAAAGUGCUGUCCAACAGCCUGUUGCAAUAGAGACGCCCACUGAACACACAAGCUACCCCUACCAGCAUAACAAGUGA